CCUGGAAUCAACUAUUCAAGUUGAAAGAUGAAUUUACCUCGACACCAAUCCUUUUGUUAACUGCAACUUGUAGUGAAUUUAUGGCCAACCAAUUGAUUAUAAAUCUUAAAUGUCCUAAUUUGAAUAUAAUUCACAGUAAACACAUUCAUAGACCAGAAUUAAAUCUUCAAGUAUAUUCUAAGCCUAUAAAAAAAGAUAAGUUGUUAGAAGCAAUAUUUAAAAUUAUAAAUGAGAUCACUUCUAGACGAAUAAUUAUCUAUUGCGCAAUGCCAAAUGAAUGUGUAAAUAUAGUUACAGCUCUUAAAGAACAAUAUAAUUUAGAUUUAAUCACAGCUUACCAUGGAAAAAUGUCUAGUAAUGAACAAAAAAAAGCUUUAACAGAUUAG